CUCCAUUUCCCCACACUUCCAUCAGUUUAAUAUAUACCAGAACCCAUCACGAAUGGGAUCCAUUUUAGCCGCGAGUGCAACGAAUAGCCAUGUGAUGGGGUAAACAAAAUGCCCGGAGAGUUAUGGCCGCUGCGUGCAGCGACGACCAUGCAGGUACUUUCAAUCCUUGCACCUAUAGGUAUCACCGCCGGCCCGGCAGAUAUACCAAUAUCAUGCCAAUCUACUUUGACUGCGCGCGAGGUGACAGUCACCCUGCCUGCUGCCCAUACGAUAUUCACCUUCCUCUUUCCCCGCAUUGUCUACCCCCACUCUGGGGCCUGGGGUCGAUGAACACGCCAUCCACCUACCGGCAUCUGGAUGGAGCGGUGGAGCAUGGCUCAUUUGUCUCAACCUUCGACCGUUAUCCUUUGAAAGUUCUCUGCAAUCCGGGAAUUCGAAUCCAUGCCUCAUAUGUGCCUUUUGAGCCUUGUGACCGAGGAUCACGGCCCGGUUGGGUUUUGGCAUCCGUAAUAGUGCACUUGGCACCAGCAGCAUCCUCACCUGGAAGGUCUAGGUCUCGCGUUUCAUUCUAGUAUAUUUUUUUCCUGGGGUUUCCAAGCUUGGCCUUGAUGACAAUUUGUUCGUCGCGUCUCUACACUGGCAUAACGGCCCUGCUUUAAAUAUUGGAAGCCUGUAUAAAAGCAUCCGCAUCUCUCUCUCACUUGGCACUCCCCCAACCACCUUCAUCCUCACAGCUCACCUCCAUCUACAGCCAUGAAGCUAUCUAUUACUGCCCUUGCAGUCGCGCUUCUUGCCCGAGAGGCAUCAGCUCACUAUAUCUUUCAAUACCUGACUUAUGGUGGCACAAAGUUUCCCCAAUACCAAUAUAUCCGGAAGAACACCAACUAUAACUCUCCCGUCACCGACCUCACCUCUAAUGACCUCCGAUGCAAUGAGGGCGGCUCGGUCGGUGCUGGGGCCACCAUUUCCGUGACUGCAGGUUCAACUGUCACCUUCACCGCAGAUGUUGCGGUUUACCAUCAAGGACCUACCUCCUUCUACAUGGCCAAGGCCAGCAGCACUGCUAAUACUUUCGACGGCGCCGGCAACGUUUGGUUCAAAAUUAAGGAUAUUGGCCCGACCUUCUCCAACGGCGCGGCCACUUGGGAUCUCGGACUCACCUACAGCGUUACUAUUCCCGCCAGCGUACCCAAUGGCGAAUAUCUUCUCCGUAUCCAACAGCUCGCCAUCCACAACCCGUGGCCUGCAGGAAUUCCCCAGUUCUACAUAGAGUGCGCACAGAUUUCCGUCACAGGCGGUGGCAGUGGAGUCCCAGGCCCCUUGGUUGCUAUCCCAGGUGCUUUCCACGAUACUGAUCCUGGAUACACUGUCAACAUCUACAACGCCUUCACCAGCUACACUGUUCCAGGCCCUGCUGUCUGGACUGGCGGGAAUAGCGGCGGCGGGGGCGGCGGCGUCACCACCCCACCUGCUACAACAACAAAAUCCCCAACAACCACUGCGCCACCUACGCAGCAGACAUCUACGACACCUCCUACUACUGGCACUGGUUCUCCACUUUAUGGGCAAUGUGGGGGCACCGGCUGGACUGGCCCAACCACCUGCGCUAGUGGCACUUGCAAGGUUACAAACGAGUGGUAUAGCCAAUGCUUGCCAUAGAGUGAGCGAGCCUGCUAGGGGUGCAUGGUUGGAAGGAUAUUGUACGUCUGUUGUAGAGAUUGAAUGAAUACCUGAACAUGAUGGAAGACUGUCUUGGAAGGGGCUUUUAUUGUACAUAAUUUUACUAUUAGUACACUUAUAACAUGACAU